AUGGAACAUAAAAUUAUCUGUAGAAUAUGCAAUUUGCCAAUAAAGAUUGAUUUUCUUAAAUUACACAACGAAACUUGCAAGUCUCGUGCUGAAUUUCGAAGAAAGGAAAUCAGGUUGAAUUUGCAAGUUGCCAAAGUUUGUGAAAAUGCCUAUAAAACAAAGCACUAAAUUCAUUCAAGGGGUUAAAAAUAGUAUUGAAGUUUUUAUCUAAAAUAGUCUUAACAGCCUUAGAUUGAAAUGGGAUUAGAUUUCACCCGAAUACACACAGGAAAUUUAUUAAGAAUAUAAAAUACUCCAAGUCUUAAUUUCCUACGGAGAAAGAUCAUUAAAUUCGGAGGUAGAUGCUAAAUGUAUUUUAAUACACAUUUAUAUUAGAUCAUCUUAUAUCUCAAAAUGAAUUCAUUUAAGCCCAAUAAUUUAUAAGAAACCCUUAGAUUUUGAAUUUGAUAGAGCAAAUGAACAGUCUGAUAAAUUAGAAAUUAGACUUAUGCUAUAAAAGUAUGAAAUUUUGUAAACCUAUAAGCAAAGUUUUAAGCAAUUCCCAGCAUUUCCUUUAGGUUAAGCAAGUUCAGUAAAGACAGUCCUAAAUCUAAUGGUGAAACUCAUAANUAAUAUAAUAACCAUCCAUAAAAUAUGCGAAAGUUCUGA